AUGGGAAAACCGUUUGAAAAGAUUCAAGUCCGUGUCAUUGGGUCCUUUGAAGACUCAGACAAAGUAUCUGGGUGGAUGAAAGCCAACGGCGGUAAAUAUCACCGAUCUUUCAACAGCCAGGUAACCCACCUCAUUGUAUCUGAAGAAGUCUAUCUCAAAAAUGGAGAAGAAGUUGAUAAAGCAAAACGGUCCGGCAAAGUGAAGAUUGUGUCCUUUGACUGGCUGGAAGACUCCUUGCUGUCACGUUCCAAACGGCCCAAGCCGGAGCAACCUUUUCUAUGGUCGACACUUCUUCGAAAGGAUGCCAAAGGGAAGAAGACGACGAUUGAUGUGGCUGAUCUUAUAAUCGUAGAAGAUCCUUUUACAAACAGGGUCACCAAAAACACCACACGCCGAAAGGGCAAGGGUGCAACCAUGCCCAAACCCCUGAUAUUCACCGAUGCCGCUGGCGAGACCUGGGAUGCAGAAAUCGUGCGACAGAAUGUAGCUCCACGCCCUCGAUGUAAAUUCCGAAUCGGAGUCUUUCAGUCUCUUUCGAAGCCCCCGUGUUAUUCAACAUACGCCAAAUACAGCCAGCUGGGCACUUCUUACGUGGACGAACUAGCAUUGCCGAGAAAGGAUAAGGACGUUGCUAUCUGUGCAUUCAAAAAGUUCUUCCUUGCACAGACAGGGAAAGAAUGGGGAAAUCGAUCUGAUGGGCAGAUUCCGGCCCCUAAGGCGGAUAAGGAUGGAAAUCCUGCACUUGAGGGCUGGUACACAUACGAGGACACGUCCAGCCCUUUCUCAAACUGGAUCAAAGCAUACCAGCCUCCAACUCCUCCAACCGAAGGAUCUGACAAGGAGGAAUAA